AUGGACAAUCAAAGCAUUGAGAGAGCGCUGGAACAAUAUGGUGAUGAUUUGGAUGCAGCAAUCAGAAGUUUAACUGAGCUUCGGUUGGGAUCUUCUACCUACAACAACAACAACUUGGAUCCUAAUAUUAUGGUUGAACUUGAAACCCUAACUAACUUAACUGAUCUUGCAUCAUCAGCUUCAACAACACAGCUCCCAAUGGAUGGGGCCGAGUGGGUAGAGCUGUUCGUUACGGAGAUGGCGAGUUCCGCCAACAUGGACGAUGCUAGAGGACGCGCUGCAAGGGCGCUGGAAGUACUUGAGAAGUCUAUAUGCGCGCGCGAGGCGGCGAAAAGCUUUCGGCAGGAAAAUAUGAUGUUGAAGAAACAACUACAGACAGUGCUUCAGGAAAAUGUAAUUCUGAAGCGAGCGGUAGUUAUCCAGCAUGAGCAGCAGAAGAACACGAGCCGGGAAUUGGUGCAUGCGAAGCAAUUGGUGUCUCAGUACCAGGAUAAAUCCACAGCUUUGGAGGUGAACAACUAUGCAUUGACAAUGCACCUGAAGCAGGCUCAGCAAAGCAGCGCAAUUCCAGGUCGUUUUCACCCGGAUGUGUUUUAG